CAACUAGAUUAGGAUAGUCAUAGUCCAUUAAUUUAAAGUCAAACUUUCUCUCUCCUUCUCUCUAGAGAAGCGUAGAUGGCCACCCAUAUAAAAAUCUUCCAUCUCCUUCCUCUCCCACUUGCCAACUAAACAAAAUAACUUUCCUUUCCCAAAUCUCAACUUCAAAACACACAACAACAGGAACAAGGCCAAUUUCAAGAGAAUAAUCAACUCAACUUGAAGCUUCCUUUCAAUCCUCCCCCAUGUCUUCCAUUCUCAGUUCUCAAGCUCUCGUCCUUGCCACAGCCAUGGUCGUCUCUUCCACAGCUCUCUUUCUCGCCUUCUCCAACCACCAUCACAAGAUGAUCAAUCCAACAAUCCCACCCUCCACGUCCCUUCCUCCUUGCUUUUCAUCUGAUGAAAAGAAGAAACAGAGGAAUAAGAAGAAGAAGAAGAAGAAGGUGAGAUUUGCAGAGGAUGUGAAAGAACCUAAAGGGAAUGGAGAAGAGUAUAGAAGAGAACAUGAUGAGAAAAUGGGUUUAAUGGAGGAAACCAGAAGAAGAAGAAGAAUAAGUUGUAGAAAUGAUGUUCCUGGUAAUCGAAUUGCUUUGUAUAAUGGAAUUCUUAAAGAUCGAUCGCAAAGGAUUCAAUGUUCGUUUUGAUCUUAACUCCAUUGCUCUGUUUUCUUCUUCUUGUUCUCUCUGUGUUAGAAAAAUCCAGCCUUUCUGUGGCUGUCAAUGGAUAGUGGAAUUUCUCUUCAUCCACUUUUCUUUCUUUCUUUCUUUCUUUCUUUUUUUCUUUUGAGAAAAAGGAGAUUAUGAAUGAUGUAUAGGAAGCUCUCAAUUUUAGAAUUUAAAUUUCAUGUUUUCAUAUUUGUGUUUGGGUAACAAUAUGAUCUUUCUUUUC